UUUCUUCCAACACUGCAAGUACUCCAAUAAUUAGCUAGCUUACUCAAAGAAAAGAGUAACACGCCAUUAAAGCAUACCAAAGCCAUGAAGAUUUUUGUUGCAGCAUUAGUCAUUGCUCUCAUUUGUCUUCCCACGGCCAUUUCCGCGAGGCACAUAGGCAGGCCACGAACACACCAUGGGCACCACCAUUCGACACAGCCUCGAAUUAAAGAUGGGACGGUGGCACAACCCAAUUUCUACAGGGAAAGAUGGCCAGCAAAGAGAAGGGGUGAUACUGUCCAAAUUGCUGGAUCAAGCUUGCCUGAUUGUUCUCAUGCAUGUGGGUCAUGCUCACCAUGUAGACUAGUAAUGGUCAGCUUUAUUUGUGCUUCACUUGAAGAGGCUGAGACCUGUCCCAUGGCUUAUAAAUGCAUGUGUCAUAACAAGUCUUAUCCUGUCCCAUGAGCCAUGACUCCCUUUUUCUUUCUUUUUUUUGUUAAAAUGUACCCUCUCCCAUGACUUAACUUACCAAACGUUUAACUUUGUCUAA